GGGAGCGGGGUUUGCAGUCAGGUGUCUAAAGGCGGUCUCUCGGCAGCGGACUGGAGCUCUCCGCCUUCUUCUGGGGGCCGGGCCGGACCCGCUCCGCCCCAGCCAGGUGUCCGUCGGGUCCCAGGUGCCCGCCGGGUCUCUGAGAUUCCGGUGCCGCUGGCCUGUGCAGCGGGCCAGCAGCGAUGGAGAACCACCCCGAGUGCACUCCUCUCUCCGAGUCCACACAGCUCCCCAGCUCGGCCAGGGAGCCCGAGGUGGUGCCACCCGGCGACUCAGAGGGCGGCGCCCGGCCCCUAGACACGGUCCCCAAGAAACUCUGUGGGUAUUUAAGUAAGUUUGGCGGCAAAGGGCCCAUCAAGGGCUGGAAAUGCCGCUGGUUCUUCUACGACGAGAGGAAGUGCCAUCUGUACUAUUCGCGCACCGCUCAAGAUGCUAACCCCUUGGACAGUAUCGACCUCUCCAAUGCGGUCUUUGACUGCAAGGCGAACGCUGAGGAUGAGGGCACUUUCGAAGUCAAGACUCCCAACCGGGUUAUUACCCUCAAGGCCGCCAACAAACAAGUGAUGCUGUACUGGCUACAGCAGCUGCAGAUGAAGCGCUGGGAGUUCCACAACAGCCCGCCUGCACUUCCUGUCGCCCCUGCUGCCGGCCUGUCUGGGAACGUACCCACCCUACACCUCAAGCUAGAACAAGAGGAGGAGGAGCUGGAGGAGUUCCUGUGUCCUGUGAAAACACCCACCGGCCUUGUGGGUGCAGCAGCUGCCUUGCAGCCUGUCCCUGCCAUGCCUUCAGCCCUUCAGAACAUCUCCCUGAAGCAUCUGGGAACGGAAAUACAAAAUACCGUGCACAAUAUCCGUGGCAACAAGCAGGCCCCGACCAUGGGCCACGGACGACUAGUGGGAGAGUCUUCACAGGGUGUGGAAUCUCAAGGCGGGGAGCAGCCCUUGAUCUCGGACCCCAGCACUCCAGGAAAAGAGCCGGAGGAUCCUCCCAAGCCUGCACCCAGGUCCUCACUGCCCUCCAGUCCCAUGCAGAAACCUAAGCGACAAAGCAAUACUUUCCCAUUCUUUUCCGAUGGGCUGGCUCGGAGCCGCACAGCCCAGGAAAAGGUGGUGGCCUUGGAACAGCAGGUGCUGAUGCUCACCGAGGAACUGAAGUCACAGAAGGAGCUGGUGGUGAUCCUACACAAGGCUCUGGAGGCUGCCCAGCAAGAGAAGCGAGCAUCCAGUGCGUACCUGGCAGCCGCUGAAGACAAGGAUCGGCUGGAGCUGGUCCGCCACAAGGUGCGGCAGAUCGCAGAGCUGAACCAGCGGGUGGAGAAUCUAGAGCAGGAGCGAGAGCGCCUGGUGCAUGAGGCCGGCCUGCUGGAACAACAGGUGCAGGCGCUUCAGCAGCAUGUGCAGCUACUCAUGGAUAAGAACCAGGCCAAGCAGCAGGUCAUCUGCAAGCUCUCCCAGAAGCUCACCCAAGACCUCGAACAGCCAGACCAGCCUGCCAGUGCUGCCAAUGGUGACUUCCUGAGCCAGCAGGAGAGAAUGGAGCACCUGAAGGAUGAUAUGGAAGCGUAUCGGACCCAGAACCGCUUCCUCAACUCCGAGAUCCACCAGGUCACCAAGAUAUGGAGGAAGGUGGCAGAGAAGGAGAAGGUCCUGCUGACCAAGUGCGCCUACCUCCAAGCCAGGAACUGCCAAGUCGAAAGCAAGUACCUGGCCGGGCUGCGGAGGCUACAGGAGGCAGUGGGGGCCGAGGCUGGUGACUUUCCUGAGCUGCUGCGGCAGCUGGUCCAGGAGGCACUGCAGUGGGAAGGAGAGGCCUCGGACAGCAUGGAGCUGAGCCCCAUCAGUGAGUAUGAUGAGUAUGGCUUCCUGACGGUGCCGGACUAUGAGGUGGAAGACCUGAAACUACUAGCCAAGAUCCAGGCCUUGGAGGUGCGUUCCCACCAUCUGCUGGCCCUCGAGGCUGUGGAGCGGCCACUACAGGAGCGCUGGGCUGCCCUGACGGAGCUCAUGCCCUCAGCGGAGCUCAAGCAGCUGCUGCGGGCGGGUGUGCCCCGGGAGCACCGUCCACGUGUCUGGAGGUGGCUGGUCCACCGCCGUGUCCAGCACCUGCACUCUCCAGGCUGCUACCAGGAGCUCCUGGCCCGGGGCCAGGCAUGUGAGCACCCUGCCGCCCACCAGAUCGAGCUGGACCUCAACCGGACCUUCCCCACCAACAAGCAUUUCACCUGCCCCACCUCCAGCUUCCCCGACAGGCUCCGUAGAGUGCUCCUGGCCUUCUCCUGGCAAAACCCCACCAUCGGCUACUGCCAAGGCCUGAACAGGCUGGCGGCCAUCGCCCUGUUGGUCCUAGAGGAUGAGGAGAGUGCUUUCUGGUGCCUGGUAGCCAUUGUGGAGACCAUACUGCCAGCUGAGUACUACAGCAAGACACUGACAGCCUCUCAGGUGGACCAGCGGGUGCUCCAGGACCUCCUCUCAGAGAAGCUGCCCCGUCUGAUGGCGCACCUGGGGCAGCACCACAUAGACCUCUCCCUCAUCACCUUUAACUGGUUCCUCGUGGUCUUUGCCGACUCCCUCAUCAGUGACAUCCUCCUGCGAGUCUGGGACGCCUUCCUGUAUGAAGGGACAAAGGUGGUGUUCCGCUAUGCCCUGGCCGUCUUCAAGUACAAUGAGGAGGAGAUCCUGCGUCUGCAGGACAGCCUGGAGAUCUACCAGUACCUGCGUUUCUUCACCAAGACCAUCUGCGACAGCCGGAAGCUCAUGGGCAUCGCCUUCAAUGAUAUGAACCCCUUUCCCAUGAAGCAGCUGCGGCAGCUGCGGGCAGCCCACCGGGAGAGGCUGGAGGCUGAGCUUCGGGAGCUGGAACUGCUGAAAGCAGAGUACUUGGAGAGGCGGGCCUCCAGGGGCAGAGCAGUGCCCGAGAGCUGUCUCAGCGAGGAUGAGGGGGAAGGUGAUGGCUGACCUGCCUCUCGGCUCCCCGAGGCCGUUCUUACCUUUGCCGGCAGGAUCCGAGAAUACAGGCAUGGGCCAGAGGUCUGUGUGACCCUGGAGAAGGCCCUUCUCCUCGCUGGAUCUUAGUCUCCCUACGGACACUGCUUGCUGUGAAGCCAUUGGUCGGAGUCACUCUGCGUCUCCCAGGCUUGCCAGCCUGUACCACAACACCACAGAGCACUUUACCAUGGAGGGAGGCGGGGUACACUCCGGGUCACCUGGAGCAUUCUCUGAGGCAUGACUGUCUCCCUUUGGUUUGGGUUUGGUCUUUUGAGACCGGGUUUCAUGGAGCUCAUGCUGGCCUCAUACUCCUAUGUAACUGAGCCCGGCCUUGACCUUUCCUGCUCUUCCUGUCUGAGGCCUGUUGGCACAGACAGCUUUAGGACAGAUGCAUUCUCAUUACCAGUACUCCUGGGCAGGCCGAGGGUCAGGGAAUGCUCCCACUGGCACCCUCUGGCUCAGGGUCUUGGUCACCAUUCUUGUGGCACUCCAAAUUCAGGGCCUACAUUUCCAGGGCCUCUGUCUCUCUGGGCACAGCCCCUCUGAAGUGCCACCUGACCCGUGUUGAGACCACCCUGCUCGACGGGACUGUUUCUGGAGCCUCAUGCCUGAGCCUUCCCUUUUGUUUACAGCCCACUGGGGACAUCCCAGGGGAAACCCCUCCCUGCCACCCUGAGAAACUUGUUGGGGACAGGACAGUGGGUCCCAAACAGCCAUCCACUCUGACACACCCGUCUUGUGGGGCCAACAGGGCAGGGUUGGGAGAGCGGGCGGGGCUGCAGCCCACCUGGCUGGCAGAGCGAGUUGAACAGUUUUAUGGCCCAGCGUAGCCCUGUUCCUCGCGUUCUUCCUGGUCUUUUCAGCUGAGGGCCACCCCGUGUGUCCUCCCUACCUAGGACAAAGGCUUAAAGGGGUACAAGGGUCCAUAUCUCAGUGAACCCGCUGCCAUCAGAGCCUUGAGCGUGGCUCUCAGAGGGUGGGGGUGGACUGGGGGGAGCUGUAGUCUCUGUGGAGGCUGUUAUGGAAACUCCCAAAGUCAAGGCUCCCGUGGAGCUGGGACAGCACCUAUUGUAGUACAGGCCCUGUCAGCCCUGAGAGCCAUGGUGUGAACCUGAAGGCUUGGCAUGCCUGGUACCCAGAGUGUCUCUGUCUGUCUAUUGUGUCUC